CAACUUCCGCAGGCAGCGUGGCUUCUUCGUCCCGUGGGAGUUGUAGUUUUUCCAUUUGUUUUCUCCUGAAGUGCCUGCAAGUUACAGCUGGACCCAGAGAUUAGGUCCCCAGUUUCCAAAGAAGGGGUGAACUAUGUUUAGAGAUUGGCCAGAGAGGCAAGGCCUAGAGGCGUCAAUGUGAGCAGCCUCUCCAGGGCACAAGGCACGAGAGAAAGAGGAGUCUCCAGGAUCUCAAGCAGAAUGUCUCAGGAGAAUGACAGAUGGAAGACCGAGAUCUUGGUGGAUGAGCUUGCCGCCAUGAGACUGCAGAAACUGGAUCAGCAGAGGCGGCUGUUUGAGAAGAAGCAACGACGGAAGCGCCAAGAACCCCUCAUGGUUCAGGCCAAUCCUGAUGCUUCCCUGAGGCUCCGGCGACUGCAGCGACCGGAGAAAUGUCUUCUGGGUGACAGCGGCCUUGGGAACCCUUUCCUCCAGGAGAAUGUGCCAAAGGCACAUCUGCGUUGUGGUGCUCACAGUGUCCUGGGUACCAUGAGCUGUGGUGGAGAUGGCUGCGGUGAGCAUGGCCGCCUGAUGUUGCCGACAGAAGCAGUGUUUAGGACUCCUGUUCUCCAGUCCCUCUCCUUAUCCUGGCUCCCAGACAGUUCUGAUUCAGAGUUGGAGGAAGUCUGGGUAGAGGAUGUUUUCAUUUCUCCUCCACCUGAAAAAGAGCCUCGGAGAACUCGACGCAGGGGUUGGUCUGCCAACCAAGGACCUGGUGAUUUUGGGGAAAUUCAGGGUGAAAGCUGGUCGGCUGGUCCAUGCUGCAAACCCUCCCCUUUUAAUGGGGCCAAUGUGGAGGAGGAGACUAAAUCCCAGGAUGUUGCAGAUGAAUGUGAGGUGCCCUACCUGGAACCAAACCCUGGAAUGGAUGGUGACCUGGGACCUGGAAACUCCCACCUGGUGGAAGGAGGCACACCUAGUCAGAAUGUGGAAGACCUGGAAGAGAAGAAAGAGGAGUUGGAGUUUACAGAGAUGAAUGCCCUUGCAGCAACCAACCAGGAAAUGUCCACGGCUCUGGAGGGCUUUGGUGACAUGGGCAGCAGCAAUGUGGACAGCAUGGCUUACCUGGCACCCAGCUUCCCAUGCUUACAGCGGAGUGAGGACAUGGAGGCAUAUGUGUUGCAGCCAGUGAUCCGGGGCAUCACGUUGCAGUGCCGCAUUAGUCGUGAUAAGCAUGGAUUAGAAAAAAACAUGUUCCCCUCCUACUAUCUCUACAUGGAGGCGGGCAAUGGCCGGAAGCACUUCCUACUGGCUGGGCGAAAGAGAAAAAGGAGCAAAACCUCGAAUUACGUCAUCUCCGUGGACCCCACAGACCUAUCUCGGGAUGGGUACAACUUUGUGGGCAAAGUCAGAUCCAAUGUCUUGGGCACCAAGUUCACCAUCUUUAACAAUGGGGUGAAUCCCUCUAGAAAGAAUAUCUUCCAGGAGACUGCACAGAUCAGACAGGAACUCGGAGUUGUGUGUUAUGAGACCAACGUUUUUGGAUUGCGAGGCCCUCGGAAAAUGACCGUGAUUAUCCCAGCAGUCGACAGCCAAAACCAGAGAAUCAUUUUCCAGCCACUAAACGAACAGGAGUCACUAAUGAGUCGUUUCCAACGGGGCUCCACUCAGGGGCUAGUCCUACUGCAAAACAAAACUCCUUUGUGGUGUGAGGAGAGCAGUGCCUACGUGCUCAAUUUUAGUGGUCGAGUAACUCGGGCCUCAGUGAAGAACUUCCAGAUCGUGCAUCCGGAAGACCGUGAGUAAAG